AUAAAUAAAUAAACAAAAUAAAUUAAUAAUUAAAAAGGUAAGAAAAAAAAAUCCUAAAAAUGCCAAAAAUAAAACGUGAAAAAGUUUACGGCCGUCGAGAAAUUGAAGCAGCGUUGGAAGAUGUCAAAAGAGGAAUACCUAUAAGAACAGCUAGCAGGUCUCACAACGUCCCUAGGUCAACAUUGUACUCCAAGUUGACAAACAAGACAUCACUAGAAGCUAAGCCGGGUCCGGCGACUUAUUUGACCCAGGAGCAGGAGCACCAGGUGAUUGACUGGGUGUUUUACUUGCGAGACCGCGGAUUUGCGAUCACCAAGAAUCAGCUGUUGGACAGCGUGCGCGACAUGAUUGUCGCCCUGGGCAGGAAGACUCCCUUUAAAGACAACCGCCCGGGCAGGCACUGGUUCGAGGCCUUCCUAAGGCGCCACCCCGACGCUGCUGAGAAGGUCAUCCAGAAUCUCAGCUCCAGGAUGGUCGAGAAGAAGUCGCUGAGACACUGGUUCCUCGAGGUCAAGCAGACGCUGGAGAACCUUCAGUUAGUGGAGCUUGGAAAGGACCGGGUCUAUAAUUUGAAGGUUGAGGAUUUUCUGAUGAAAGGUCAGAAAAAGAAAAAAGUUGAUCCUGAUGAUUGUAAGGAACGUGUUAAGGUUGUCUUUGCUGGAAAUGCUGAUGGAGAUCUUCUGCCGCCGAUGCUUGCUUUUGGGUACCAAAGAAUUCCGGGAAGUGUUUCUAAGAAUUUGCCGAAAGAUUGGAAGGUGUCAGGAGAGUCAACAGAAAUUUUCCGCGAGUAUAUUUCAUCAACUUUCUACCCGUGGCUAGUAUCCAAAAAAAUAAAGUUCCCAGUAGUGCUGUACAUCGACGGCAGCGCCAACCUGAGUAUGUCAGUAGUGAACUACUGCCGAAAAGUACAAAUAGAACUAGUAGGGUUAUGUCCAGAUGCGACUCACCUGCUCCAGCCGAUAGAACAAGCGCUCUUGAAGCCUCUGACCAAAUCUUGGAACGAUUCUCCGCCAUUAAAAAAAGAAACCUUCGCUCAGGCUCUCAAUACGGAGCUCCUGAGGAUCGACAAGAUGGCGGACGAACUCAAAAUGGCGUUCAAGACCUGCGGACUCUGCCCGUUUUCAAUCGAGGUUGUUAAUUAUGGCCUGGAAGUGGAGCUGGAGAUUAAAGAAGAAAAGAUUGAAGAUGAUAAUAAUCUUCCUGACUUUAAUAAUGAUAAUAAUGUAAAAAGUAGUCUAAAUCUUACCAAAAAUUACUCUUCUGAAGAGUACUUGAGGUUCCUGGAGUUCUUCGAGAGACAUCUAGCGGCAGAUCUUUUGAAAAGUUUCAGAGAAAAUUUACAAGGCUCAGUAUUUGUUGGAGAAGAAAGAAAUAAAGGACUUUUUGAAUUCUGGGUUGAUAUAAAGAAGAAAUGUUUUAGUUUUUAAGUUAAUUUUUAAAUUUAAAAUUUC